CACCUUUAAAACAGGAAAAUAAAUACAGAAACCGUUUUCCUUGACCCACGGGAGAAGCCAGGAUGGAAAUUUCCACCACAACGGAUGACUAUAAAGCGACCACAGAAUAUGACUACGGGGACACAACGCCGUGCCAGAAGACGGAGUUGAGGGCUUUGGGGGCUCAGCUGCUGCCCCCUUUGUACUCCCUGGUAUUUGUCAUCGGCCUGGUGGGCAACAUUCUGGUGGUUCUGGUCCUCAUGCAGUACAAGAGACUCAAGAGCAUGACCAGCAUCUACCUCCUCAACCUGGCCAUCUCCGACCUGCUCUUCCUCUUCACGCUGCCCUUCUGGAUCGACUACAGUCUGAAGGAGAGCUGGGCAUUCGGUAACGGCAUGUGCAAGUUUCUCUCGGGCCUUUACUACGUGGGCUUGUACAGCGAGAUCUUUUUCAUCAUCCUGCUGACGAUAGACCGGUACCUGGCGAUCGUCCACGCCGUGUUUGCCAUGCGGGCUCGGACCGUCACCUUUGGGAUCAUCACCAGCAUCAUCGUCUGGGUCCUGGCCAUUCUGGCUGCCAUUCCGGGCUUUUACUUUUCCAAGACCCAGUGGGAGUUCAGCCACCAUACCUGCAGUCUUCAUUUCCCUCACGAAAGCUUAAAACAGUGGAAGAAGUUCCAGGCUCUGAAACUCAACAUCCUGGGGCUGAUCUUGCCUCUGGUGGUCAUGAUCGUCUGCUACACGGGGAUUAUUAAGAUCCUGCUCAGACGGCCCAACGAGAAGAAGGCCAGAGCCGUCCGUCUGAUCUUUGUCAUCAUGAUCAUCUUCUUUCUCUUCUGGACACCCUACAAUCUGACUGUGUUUGCUUUUGCUUUCCAAGACGUCCUUUUGAAAAAUGAGUGUGAGCAGAGCAAACAGCUAGACCUGGCCAUGCAAGUGACGGAGGUGAUCACCUACACGCACUGCUGCGUCAACCCCAUCGUCUACGCCUUUGUUGGGGAGAGGUUCCGCCGGUACCUGAGCCAGCUGUUGCACAGGUUCCUGGCCGUACACCUGGCUAAAUGGCUCCCCUUCCUCCCCACAGAGAGGCUGGAGAGGACCAGCUCCAUGUCCCCCUCCACGGGGGAACACGAGCUCUCUAAUGGGUUCUGACUCAGGCCCCUGGAUCUGGGUUCUGAUUUAGGAUCCCACAAGAGCGACCUGCCAGGGACGCUGGCUGGAGAGGAGGAAGCUUGGCUCUUCCGGCCAGACUCGGACCACUGGCAGUGUGGAAUGACACCGCCUGGGCCUGAGGGGACUUAAAGGUGG